GACAACAUACAAAAGAAAUGAUGGUUAAAAAUCGCCAUAUUAUAAUGAUAUUUACAUUGAUUGGAGUAAUGGCAAGUUUAGCUCAAUUAAACGAAGAACCAGACUUGGAUUCUCUUUUACCGGUUGCUGUUUCAGAAGCGGAAUUGGAAAACGAUUCCAAAAUUGGAUCCGAAGAAUUUUUCAAGCGUAAAUUUACUCCGUGGGGUGGCAAAAGAUCUAUUCCUUUUGAUGAAAUUGUAUUUCAGAAACGUCAAUUCACACCAUGGGGUGGUAAGAGAACCAUGAAAGCUUUGAGUGACCGAAGAGGCUUUACACCUUGGGGAGGUAAAAGAAACUUUAGCAAUUGGAAUAGAAAAAGAAACUUUAACCCGUGGGGUGGCAAACGAAACAUGAUGGUUAAAAAUCGCCAUAUUAUAAUGAUAUUUACAUUGAUUGGAGUAAUGGCAAGUUUAGCUCAAUUAAACGAAGAACCAGACUUGGAUUCUCUUUUACCGGUUGCUGUUUCAGAAGCGGAAUUGGAAAACGAUUCCAAAAUUGGAUCCGAAGAAUUUUUCAAGCGUAAAUUUACUCCGUGGGGUGGCAAAAGAUCUAUUCCUUUUGAUGAAAUUGUAUUUCAGAAACGUCAAUUCACACCAUGGGGUGGUAAGAGAACCAUGAAAGCUUUGAGUGACCGAAGAGGCUUUACACCUUGGGGAGGUAAAAGAAACUUUAGCAAUUGGAAUAGAAAAAGAAACUUUAACCCGUGGGGUGGCAAACGAAACGAAUUUUCUUCUGAAUAAAAAAUAAAAUAAAA